AUAAGUUGUGCUUUCAUGUUUACGGAGACUGACUUUAGUGAAUAAGGAUGACAGAAACUCGGAAAAGUAGUAAAAGCAAUGGAACCACUCAACCCAAAGAAGGUAUUGAAGAAAACGUGGAAGAAACAAAAGCUAAAUACUGGGACCCUCUGACGGAUGGGGUGAAAUGGAUCGAGAAGUAUGCGGAACCUCUGGAGAAGUUCUUCGAGAGGCUACCUGAGUUUAUAAGCACGUUUAUCGCUACAUUUGCGGUUUUCACAUUCGGCUCAACUUUGAGAGGAGAAUGGGUGGUGAUCCUAGUGACAGCUCUCAAACAGAUCUUCGGUCACACGCAGAGCGACCGCAACAUGACCACAGAGGAGAUCUACAAGCUGUUCACGUCAGAGAACCUGAAGAUGGAGAACUUCCCCGUCAUCUUCAUCUCGGCGCAUGUCGUGUCGUAUGGGACUUACUUCGCUAUUGGCGGAUUCUUACACUGGUACUUCUACGUCCGCAGAAGGCACUUGGCGCACGAGUGGAAGAUCCAGCCCAAGAAGUGGCUCUCCCCGGAACUGGAGCGCCACGAGAUCAUGAUAGGAGUCGUGUCCCUCUUCAUCACGGGCUCCUUCUCCGCUUUCCUCGCCUGCUACAUCUACAACGGGAACCCUUCCACGGUCUACUACCAGUUCAAUGAGUACGGGUGGCUCUGGUUCUUCGCGCAGUUUCCUGUCAUCUUUAUUUAUAUGGACUACACAACGUACAUCAUCCACCGGCUGUACCACACGCCGUGGCUGUACAAGCACUUCCACAAGCUGCACCACAAGUACAAGCAGCCCACCGCCUUCUCCGUCACCGCCAUCCACCCCGUGGAGAUCAUGCACGUCCAGCUCACUAUGUGCCUGCCUUUGUUCACCAUCCCAGUGCAUUGGAUGCCUUUCUACGCGGUAGCCCUGUACAACUACUACCACGGCAUCAUCGACCACUCCGGCAUCAACUUCAAGGGGCAGUGGUGGCAACCCUGGCAGCCUGACGCUGAGUUCCAUGACGAGCAUCAUCAGUUCUUCCACUGCAACUAUGGCUUUAACAUGUCCAUUUGGGAUAAGUUCCAUGGCACGAUGAGAAAAAUCAACCGCAUUUACACCGAAACAACAUUCCACGGUGAAGCACCUCUGAUAGAUUCAGCAGAAGCGAAGAAAAUAAUCGAAACGGAUGAUGAUGCUAAGGAAUUUUUUGAAAAAACUAGACAAAACGAGGCCCCUACGAGUAAAGGCAAUCUUAACUCAAAACAAUGAUACUAUAGAUAACAAUGAAA